UUCGACCCGCAACACUUGGUUCAAACCCCACAGUGCUAUUUGUAGGGGCAAAACUGCCUUGAACGUUCUAUGUCAUUCGCCUUUCCUGGGAGCCUUUGGCUGGACCAAGUUUCUCGUUCCGUGGAGUCGGACGUUGCAUGAAGAUUGAGGAUGUUGCCCAGAAGACAAGAGCCAUCAUCAUCUGACAAUGUGACUGCAGUGACAAAGUCGCUUCAGAAGGUUGCUGUGUUUCUGUUGAUGCUGGUAGCGUUGGUUUGUGGCCAUAUUCUUCUUUUCCACUUACGAUCGGUGCUAGUUCCGUUUGUACUUAGUGCACUGGUUGUUUGUGCAGUGGAGCCAACUGUGAACGCCAUCUACCAUGGCUUUUCUGGCAGAAUGCCACCAUACAGGUGGUUCUGCUGCUGUUGCCACAGAAAGAUGAGAAAAGACGCCUUCUACGGCGAGGAGGAGGGUGAAGACCCAGAUCGAGCAGAACUGGAACCUCUGAAUGGACCCACCGAUGAUGAUCCCCUCUGCGAGGGAGCUGCAAGGUGCGCUUCAGUGAGUAUAGCGAUAGGCUUGAUCUUACUGGUAGUCACCGUCCUGGCGGGUUCGCUGCUGGCUGGGGCUUUGCAUCUGCGCGAAAGUUGGUCAAGCUAUUCCCUCGGGGCUGCGAACCUCGUGGCAUGGCUGGAAAGCAUCACUCGGAAGCUGUCCUUGCGGCUGCAGCUUGGGGAGCAGACGGAUGCACACUUAAAUGGGUUCUACUCUCAUUUGUUGGACAAGGGCCAGGCGUUGGUCUCAGCAGUCGUCGAGGAAAUCAUAUCAGAUGUAUCCUCGUGUGUGGUCAGUCUUAUCAUUAUUCUGCUUUAUGUGAUCUUCGGACUCCUUCAUCCUCUUCCUAUCGGUGGCAAAGUGAGCAAUCUUGUCAGAAGCUAUUUGUGGAAGAAGACCCUGGUGUCGCUAUUGUAUGGCUUCUCUGUCUCCGCGCUCUUCUUGUUGCUGAACAAUGAUUUGGCAAUUUUCUUUGGCAUCGUAUCCUUCUUCUUCAAUUACGUUCCCGAAGUCGGUACCAUCAUUGCCAUCAUCAUUCCCAUGCCAGUGAUCUUGUUAGACGGCCGAUUGGCAUCUCCAGCCACCACCUUGAUGAAGGCAACAAUGGGACAAUUAGCGAUGAAAAUCGUUUUCAACAACAUCAUUGAGACAUCCCUAAUCCAAGCAGAUACGGAGAUGAAGGUACACCCAGUUUGGGUCCUGUUGACCAUCAACUACUUUGGCUUCAUUUGGGGCCCAGUGGGGAUGAUGAUUGGCGUUCCCAUUCUGUCAGUUCUGAAGGGCGCAGCGGUGUCUACAAUUGAGCUUGAUACAGAGAAGGAUGACCUGACCAAGGCGUGGGCUGAAUCCUUCUUGGCAUGCUUGGAGGGCCGUCCACAAAAAGCAAGAGAGAAGUUGGAAAUAGCAAUUGGAGCAAUGAGUCUAAAAGCAAGACCUGAAGAGGCCUCCGAAGCAGCACAACCCAAGUUUCUAUGCAGUCGGACGCCGGAGAGAGGCAUGGGCCUGGCGCAGUGCAACGCGUGCGAAAGCUGGUGUCCAGCCAUGGGAUUGAUGUCGCAGACUGAGUGGUGGAUGCUGGCGCUGGCCCAGCCAAAGGCAGGCUCGAAGUCUACGGAGUCCGAUGCGCCUGAUAUGCAGGCAAGCGCAAGCAGCGAAGAUCCCUUCAGCAGUGAAAGAGAGAUGCUGCUGGCUGCAGUGGAAGGUUUGCGAGAAGCGGCAGAGGCCGCCAUGCGACGAGCGGAGGCUGCAGAGGCUGCGUGCUUCGCACCAAUGAAGCUCGCGCUGGAGGCUCACUUGAAGGAGUACAAGGAACACAUGGCAUCUGAGAUUCGAAGUACGCUGCAACAGGAGAUCUCAGAGGCCACUGCAGAGCUGCGUGCAACUGCUCGUGAGCUCUGCGUGCUUUGCCGCUCACCGCUGCAGACUGCCGCUGGUGAGGCUGCGAGUCACGUGCCAGAAGGCUUAAGCUUCACCCCCUGCAGACAGCCAGCAAAGGUGGCAGCCGUUGCAAUGACCUUGGAGCCACAAGAUUUUCCAGUCGUGAUGUGCCAGGCUGCUGAUUUUGCGCCAAGCAGAUUGGAUCCUCAACAUCACACCUUGCCAAGCUUUACACCCAGUGCUGCAGGUUGUAGCUGGCAGAAUCUUUGUCUCGUUCCUCUUCUGAUUGCGCUAAAUCUGACCUUUGCGUUCGUGAUGCAAUGCAUCGCCCGCCACACUCGCAUCUCAGAGACUCUGCGUUUACAAGGAAAACGAUCAGAAGACAAGUACUCUGCAUUUACGGCCCUUCUGCGAGAUCUUUCGGGCGUCCAGAGCGUGAUCCGAUGCUUCAAGCGUGGCUUGGCCCAUGGUCCAAUGAUGUCCAAUGGUAUUCGCAGCGGGCAUGAAACGCUCGUGUCUACACGACAUGUUUGGUUCGGAGGAGGGCAAGCUUACUACAAACUCAAGAUGGAUGAUGAGAAGCGGGACAUUGACAAUCCCGACCAGCGCAUUAGUGACUCCGCUGAGCAGUUUUCCAACAUGAUGUACAUCCUUUUCUCAGGAUUCCUAUCUGCUGUGUUUGGAAUGGUCGCUUGGGCAGGAGUCAUGAUACAGCUAGGAGGUCCAAUGCUUGUCGUGACGUGCAUUGGGAUGGCCUUCCUUCGUCUCCUCUUAUCGAUUAGCAUGUUUGGAAAUGCGCUUGUGGAUGCUUUCAAGGAUAUGCUUGAAACAGGAGCAACCUUUCGAUAUUCUCUCACGCGCAUACGUGAAAAUGCGGAACCUGUCGCCCUUGCGCAUGGCGACCAGGUUGAGGAGAGCCGUUCGCGAAAUCUCUUCAACUCUCACAUCGAUGCCAUUCGAUACAACGCACCUUGGCAGCCGCCAGCUCCAGAUAGCUCCAGCAGACGAUGUGGACACCUUAAGGCCUUGGUGAACAUGCUGUUCACCACCACCUUGGGCAUCAUCGACUUCUUCCCCAUUGCUGGUGCGCUGAAUUUUGGGGAUGCUGUGCGGUGCCAGACAGGAUACAUGCAAGUGGCCAAGGUGAUGGACUUUUUUGCCAACUCUUUCUCCAAAUUGAAGCAGCUGCAAGCCAAUGGCGAGCGAUUGUGGCAGCUUUGGGAAGCUUCAGAUGAGGCCAAUGCGGCUCCCCCAGUGGAUGCCACCAUUCGUUUCGUUGCCAGCGAGGUGUCGGAAGCCUUUGGCUUUGAUUCACUGGUGGUCUAUGCACCUGGUGGCAAGACACCUGUGGCGGGAGUGACUCUGUCAUGCGCCACUGGACAAGGCGUGUUGAUCACUGGCAACUCAGGUAUUGGAAAGUCAUCCAUUCUGCGCGCUAUGGCUGGGCUUUGGUUGACGGGCGAAGGAAGUGUGGCAAAGUCUCCUGGUGCAGAAGUGGUUUUCCUACCGCAGAACUCCUACUUCCCCGUGGGGACCUUACUGGAGGCUGUCAUCUACCCUGCGCACAUUGACGACUCGAAUGGUGCUGAGAAGUGUGGUUUGCAGGUGCAAGCCACGCUUGCUCUGAAGCGAGCCAUGAUGGGCCCAAUUCUACGAAAGUGGGGCUUGCAGGAAGUGCGGGACUGGACCGCCACGUUAUCUGCCGGUGAGCGGCAGCGCUUGGCCUUUGCGCGGCUGUUCAUGAUGUUGGCACUGCGCUCGCGCUGUGAAGAACGACGCAGACCGCAUCAGAACAUCUCCCUGGAAACACACAAGGCGCAGAGCACCACAGCCCUGAGCCGAAUGGCAGGCCUUGGAGGUCCCGGCCAUCAUCCCACGCCACGUUUCGGACGCAGCCUGGGCAACGAGCUGUGGAAGGCGGGUCAAAAGGAGCUCGUGCCCGAGCUGGGUCGCUUAUCGCGUCAGGCUGGACUAAGCUUGGGAGACUUGCAACAAGCCUCGGCUCUCUGCGGCAUCCUUGCUGCAGUAGCCCCAUCCAAGUCCUUGGAGGAGUAUGGAAAGCUAUGGUGA